CACACACUGAGGGGGGAAGAGAUAUAAAAAGGGCUCCCAGGGAGAAAGAAGCGGCCAGGCAAGCGUCCGAGCUGCUGUCCUGCUCUGUUCCACGCUGCUGUGCGGCACCGACACUGUUUUUAAUGCCAGUGUGUGAGAGAGAAAGUGCACAUGGGCAUCAGAGAGAAGCGUGCUGUCUCCACCACAAAGGAAUAAACUUUUACUGUUCUUUUUUUUCAGAAGAUAAAAGACAGCGACGAUUGACUGGAUGGGGGGAGUUGACGAGCUGCUGAAGCCUGCCUGUUCUUAAACCCUGUUUGAUUUCCAGGUUUCUCGCUUGAGUUGUUUACUCGUCUCCCUCUGAGUACUUUUUACCUCCAUGACGGGGAGUCAAGAGGUGACUCUCGAGCUGCCUGCAGAGGAAUUUGAACAGUAGCAGAGACUUUCUCCCCUCUGAGCUGCCACUCUUCUGGCUGUCAUCUUGUGUUUUUAUUCUUUUGUUUGAUCACUCUUCGGAAGAGCCGAGACAGAAUGGACGGCUCAUUUUUAUUAGAUACAGACUACAAUCACACCUACAUGGAUGGACAUUUUUACUUUGAGGACAACAUUGAUGGUUUUGGCAUCACCAUGGCCAUUCUCUACCUGCUGGUUUGCAUUGUGGGGCUCGCUGGGAACUCACUUGUCAUCGUCGCCAUUUUAAAACUGGACAAAAUGUCAUCUUCCACAACGGUAUACAUCUUCAACCUGGCGGUAGCCGACGGACUUUUCAUGGUCGGUCUGCCCUUCAUUGCGAGCCAGAACUUCCAGAACCACUGGAUGUUUGGCGACAUCGCCUGCAAAGCGGUCAUGGUGCUAGAUGGCAUCAACCAGUUUACCAGUGUCUUCUGUCUGACGGUGAUGAGCAUCGACCGCUACAUGGCGCUGGCCGAGCCUCUUCGGUUUGCCCGUUUUAGGACGCCGCGUUGUGCCAAGAUCGUGUCGGCGUUCCUGUGGCUGUUCUCCCUCCUCACCAUUCUCCCCAUGGCGCUUCACUUCUCAGCCAGUGGAGGCCUGUGCUUACCUGACUUUGUCUCAGACGCCUGGUGGCUCGGCGUCCUUUCUUACACCUUCGUCAUGGGCUUCGCUUUGCCCUUCAUGGUCAUGACGGCUUCCUACACGGCGCUGUUGGUCACCCUGCGGUCCCAGCGACUCAGAACCUCGACGCCAAACCAAGAGAGUCACCGGCUGGAGCGACAGGUCACCAAAAUGGUGGUGGCGGUGGUGGUGGUGUUCGGGAUGUGCUGGCUUCCGUUUUACACCUUCAACUUCUGCUCCCUGUAUCAAAGCGGCUUGGUCCUGACCUUCGCCAGGGCUUUUGAGUUUGUGGUGCUGUUGUCGUACUCGUGGAGCUGCGCUAACCCCAUCCUCUACGCCUGUCUCUCUGACACCUUCAGGAGGCACUUCCGCACCCUGCUCUGCCCCGUCGCCAAGUCAUCUCCCAGCAUGCAGUGCAACACUGAACGGUAUGACCUAAGCGAUACAGUUGUGCGGGAUGUCACCAUUCUGGCCUAAAGGGGAGGAAAUAGACUGAGUCACCAUGUUACACCAUUGCCUGUCAUGAUGCACUGCAUGAUAUUUUUGAACUUUUUAAAACCUAUUUACUCACUUGAUGGUUUGUAGAUAUGUGAUAAAUUCAGAUUUGGCUUAACUUGGAAUGUAUUGAAGCUGCAUUGUUUUCCUCAAAGAAUAAAGUUGUACAUAUUUUCGUUGAAGUUUGUUGUGCCUUAGAUAAACAGAUUUGAUGUCUUACUGUUUAAAUGUUCACUCCUGCCUCAGAUGCUGUUGUUUGAUCAAGUAUCUACAAAGACUGGGCUUUACAACACACUUCUGUUGACCACACAGUUCAGGUUUUGAAUACUGACUGGGAAUCUUUCUGCUAAGCUGAAAGGUGUACUGUGUCCUUUGUGAAAUGAAAAAGUGGAAUUUCCCAUCACGUCUUUUGCAAAGCUUCUUUCCCAGCAUAAGAAAGGCAAAAGAGUCACAAAAAAUAGUCUUCAAACAUCACAAUUUAAUUAGAUUUUUCUGAUUCUUGUCACCAUUUCUGCAUUUCAAUACCAGGUCUCGAUCGGGAAAUAGUCCACCUCCUGCUCUGUCUGACUCAGACCUGUUGUAUAAUUCGACUUCUAGGAACUCAGACCCACAAGGCGACGUGCUCCAGUGCAUCUCCUGUUGUACUUCUUUUCAGCAGAACUAAUAAAAUGCGACACAAGAGGGAUGAAGUGUGGACAGGUGGAGUGUAAACAGAAUAACAGGGGCCACAUGCCUUUGGCUGAACACAAGCGCAAACACGUACAUGCACAUGCACACUCGGCAAACAGCGUAUCCACAACUCCCACAGCUGGAUUAUGUCCUAGUGGCUUUAAGUGUACGAGGGCAUCGGAUGAGUGUGUUUGUGCUCGGGUGGCCAUGUACGUGUUCUUGCAUAUUCGUGUGUACAGGCCUUCUCACGUGGGAACUGAGUGUGUCUUGGGCUUGUAUUCUGUUUGAUAGUGAUGUAUGAAAGAAAGGCACUUAAGCGUAUUACCAGGUGUAUUUGUAUGCAUCUGCUUGCUUCAUGAACUGUAUAUUAUUCCUAUGUGGAAAAAUACCAGCAUGUGUUCUUUUAUUGCUUAUAUAUUGUCAGUCACUCUGUAAAUAUCUGCUUCACACCACAUGUGGUUGAAAACCCUGGAUCUCCAGAGCGUUUUUUUUCUUUCUUUCUUUCUUGAUGACUUUGAUUUUGAUGUUAUCCAACGUGAUUUGAAUGGAUUUUGUAAAUCUGCAUAGCAGAUAAUCCAUCAAUUUCGGUAAAACACAAGAAUUCCCAGAACUGAGGAGAUUUUCUUGUAACAGUUACACUCUUUCUUUCAUUUACUAAUUCAGUGGGUUUAGUUGGGAAUCAUCUUUCCCCUCUGUUAUGAACAUGUGUCUGAGGUUAGGAUUUCACUUGUGGAAAGCAACUCGAUUCACAUAGGCGUUAUAUUUACAUGCAAUGUUGAGGCACCUGUAUGUCAAUUUCAUGCUACCUUAUGUUUGUACAUUUGUUUGUCAAAUUUUGUAACUAGUUAUUUGUCAGAUGUAUAUUUUACAUUAAAACAUAUAAUCAAAUCCCAACAUAUGUAUUGUAUGUGAUGCGCUAUUGUGGAUUAAUGUGUCCAACAGUACAUGUGGUAGGUAGUUACAGUCUGUUCCACUUCAGCCUGUGCUGCUGUAACGCUGUGUACAUGUUACCUAAUCAAUAAUAAUAUUGCAUACCUUUCUCUGAGUAUGCAAAACUAUCAUUGAUUGGCCUUUGCCUUCAGAUAACAUGAGCACAUUUUGCUGACAGUACUUCUAUAAAAGCAAGAAUUUUAAUCAGAGCAGAGUUGUCCACGUCUAUUCAAUCACAGCACUUGGCCAGUCAACAAUCAAAGGAUAUUUAGACAUAGGUUUGUAUUUUUGCCCUUUCAGAUGCACAGAAACAGCACAGAGGACGAUUGGAUUCUCAGAACAGAUGCUGGCAGUCAAUUAUUGGUUAUGUAACUAUGCAUGAAUGAGAAAAUGAUGUCUGCGACAAUCUCUAUUGUGGUGAUAGAAACAUAAACCACAUGUCAAAAUGUGUACCAGAGUUGUGAGUGCUUGUUUUUAAAAGUGCUUGUCAGUGUAAUCCAGUUACGCCACAUCUAAACAAAAGAAAAACACAUAUUUUGUCACUGACAUCGCAAAUCAAAACACGUUGCUCAGGCUUGGAUUACAUGAAAAUGGAUCAUGACUGCAGCUACUCUGUCGUGUGCAUUUCUGUAUACGUUGUAAAUAAAUUUCUCUCUCGCA